AUGUCUGACAAGGGCAAGGCCCCCAAGCGCGAGGAUGAGUCCUCUGGCUCUGGCAAUGAUGGCAAGAAGCUUCCCCCCAAGUUCGCAUCUUUACUGCUGGAGCAGAACCCCGCCCUGAAGCAAGAACUCGCCAACAUGGAUAAAGAUCAAGCGGCGGCCUUGCUGCACAAUAUGGAUUUGUCGCAGAUGCUCACCGGACUGUCAAUGGGUGGGAAGAACCAGAAGGACAUGGCCUCCUACAAAUUCUGGCAAACGCAGCCUGUCCCCGCUUUCAACGAUGCCGCGAAUAAGGAAAUUACCCAGGGACCGAUCAAGAUCAUCGACCCGGAGAAGGUCUCCAAGACGCCCGAUACGCUUAUCGAGGGAUUCGAGUGGUGCACUCUGGACCUGACAAAUGCGGAAGAGCUGAAGGAACUAUAUGAACUGUUGAACAACCACUACGUGGAGGAUGACAAUGCCAUGUUCCGGUUCAGCUAUUCAGAGUCCUUCCUCCACUGGGCCCUUAUGUCUCCCGGGUGGAAGAAGGAAUGGCACGUUGGUGUGCGGGCCACCAAGUCACGCAAGCUGGUCGCAUCCAUCUGCGGUGUGCCCACCGAGCUCCGUGUUCGCGGCGAGCGCAUCAAGGUUACCGAGAUUAACUUCCUUUGCAUUCACAAGAAACUUCGCUCCAAGCGUCUCACACCUGUAUUGAUCAAGGAAAUCACCCGUCGCUGCUACGUCAACGGAAUCUACCAGGCUAUCUAUACCGGCGGUGUCAUCCUCCCGACCCCCGUCAGCUCCUGCCGAUACUACCACCGCGCCCUGGACUGGCUCAAGCUCUACGAAGUUGGCUUCUCCCCUCUCCCCCACGGCUCCACCAAGGCCCGCAUGAUCACGAAAAAUCACCUUCCUACCGAGACUUUGACCCCCGGUCUUCGGCCUAUGGAGGCUAAGGACAUCGAUGCUGUGUUCGAUCUUCUGGAGCGGUAUAUGCGCCGGUUCGACAUGAACCAGGCCUUUACGCGCGAGGAAAUCGAUCACUGGUUGGUCUACAAGGAACAGCCCGGCAAGGAACAGGUCGUUUGGUCCUAUGUUGUUGAAGACCCUGAGACGCACAAGAUCACCGACUUUAUCUCCUUCUACAACCUCUCUUCCACUGUGAUCGACCAUGCAAAGCAUGAUGCCGUCCGUGCCGCGUACAUGUACUACUACGCCACCGAAACCGCGUUCUCCGACGAUAAGCAGGCGCUCAAGGACCGCCUGCAGCUUUUGACGAACGAUGCCUUGAUCUGUGCCAAGAAGGCUCGCUUCGAUGUCUUUAAUGCCCUGACCUCGCACGAUAACCCUCUCUUCCUCGAGCAGCUCAAGUUUGGUGCCGGUGAUGGCCAGCUGCACUUCUACCUCUACAACUACCGUGCUGCGCCCAUUGCAGGCGGCAUUAACGAGAAGAAUCUGCCCGACGAGUCCAAGAUGGGAGGUGAGCUAAGCUAUUUGCUAGCUGAGCGCUUCGCCACCAAGUGCUUCACGCCAUUGGAGCUCACUCAUUUCAAGGACAACUUUUUCUCCCGAGCCGCCGAGCAAGGCGGUUUGCGGUACUGGAAUGAAAAAACACUCUCCGAUUUCCUCGGCAUUCCAGAUGGCAUCCACUCGGAUUCAUCUUCUCAGGAGCAACCCUUGGAUGCGGGCCCUGUCAUCUUUCGCAUGGUGUCUUUCCUAGGAGCAUUUCCCUUUCAGAAUACUCUGGCACCGAGUGUUCUGACCUUUGAGGCCAUGGUCAAGGUGGUUGUGCUUCUGACCGAACGUUACGGGAAAGCCCUGAAACGUGGACACAAGGACCGAAUCAAGUUACUUUUUGGAAGUCUUGCGGACGUCGGAAGAAAGAUGCCUCCGCCAACUGAAUCCGAGGAAUCUGUGGCAAAGGAAGAAAUCGCUAGCCCAGGAAACUCACAUGCGCUAGGGUUCUCAAUAGAUGAACCCGCAAACGAUGAGUACGAUGAAGACGAGGAUGAUGAUCUUGCGCUUGCGGCCUUGGAAUCCCUCGAUGCCAUUGAAGUAUUCAAGCAUGACCAUCGAGUUGACAAGACGGUUUAUGAGACCCGAAUCUCCACUGACACCUUCCGGCGAUUGCUGAUGUUGCUUCUUGUCAUUGCGCCACUCAAGCCGCUGGAGUCGCUCAAAGUCUAUACGUCUGGUUUGGAUGCCGCGCGGAUGGAGGCAAUACGAAUUCAAGCAGACAGUAUCAUUGCUGCCUUCUCGCCCGAAGAGAGCGACGGUGGGAUUUCAUACAAAGCGUUUGCUCGGACGGUUUCGCUUUCUUUGCCAUAUCUGUUCGACCCACUCACUGCUCUUUUCGAGCAUAUGCUCUUCAGCAAAAACCUGGAUCUUUCCCAGCACCGCCAAAGCGACCCCGUGGUAGAGCCAGAGGCAGAGAAGACGGAAGAGCCUGUUCCACCACCGGCUUCAAUUAUGCUUCCAGGAAGCUUUGAAUCCACCAUACUGACUCCAACCCUAACAUCACAUCUCUCCCUCUUUCUUAAUUCAUCAUCCAAUCUGAAUCUCUUCCGCAGCGGCAUCAAGCUUCAUCCCGUCUUCUCCACAAGCGCCCACGGUUCCUCAUUGAGUUCUUUCUCCCACCACGUCCUCACCUGGCAAUCCGCAACCCUUCUCAUCCUCCAAGGGUCACCGAAAGAUUCAUCAAGCGAUGAACUAACAACCCUCGGUGCCUAUCUUCCCCAAAAUUGGAAAACAAACUCAACCCACAGUUCCUCAAACACAUCCGAUCUCCUCCCAUGUCUCUUCCAACUAUCCCCCAAACACACCCUUCUCCAAGGAAACCCCUCCCAGUCAGUAAAGAAACCUAAUACCCCGGCAGCCUACUUUUCAACAACCACCGGCAUCGCAAUUGGCUGCCAGAUCCCGGCGCCCUCGCGCACUCAACAGAAUCACCCUAAGCCCCUCGGUGCAGGAAGCUUGCUCAUCGACGGGAACCUUGAGACGGUCGAAUUCCACACUGCACCGGUUGGUCACGACGGCGUCUUCUUGCCCGCUAGUACCUCCCCGGACAAGCCGACGAAGACAACGAUCGAUCUGUACGCUCUGGAAAUAUGGGGCAUAGUCCCUGACCCCGAGGCUGGGGCCGAUCUCGGAUCCAGUGCGGUAGAGAUGCAGCGUGCGAAGUGGGAAUUCGAGGCUAGGGAAGCGGAACGUCGUCGUAAUAUCAACUUCGUGUCUUCGGGUGCUGACCAGUCGACGAAUGAGAAUGCAAGAUGGCUCUUGGAGGCGGCGGGGAUUAUUGGGGGAGGCCAGAGACAUUGA